CGUAACGGCACUUGCCACGCCACGCAGAUCGUUCUUCUUACAUCACGUCGUGAAAAAUCGACAAGCCGCGUUGCGGAACGAGCAAACACGCCCCGAGAUUUCACGAUGCAGAGAAGACAAGCUGCGCGAAAGCUGCUGUCGGUGGUAGUGUUGACGACCUGUUUGUCGAUGGUGGCAUCAUUAUCGAGCAGGGAAAGGCGGCACGUCGGCGCGGAGGAAUCACCGAGUCAUCAGAGAGCAGAGAGGACGCAGACGCCUGCCAGUCGUAGUUUCAAGUCGUCGACCAGCAGCAGGGAGAACGAGAUAACUACGGAAGCCGGAAGGAAAGUGUCGCACAGGCUGAUUGGAGGCCACUUGCGUGCGGAUGCGAGGCAAGAAAUGCUGUGGGAUGACGGUAUCCUCUUGUCGUCGGCUGGAAACGGCAGGGAGUCGAAGGCUACCGGCCGCAAAGACGAGGACGACGAGAAGAAAACUCUCUCGCAACAGGUGAAAGAGGGGAAAUACGGCCUGAUACAGAACGAGAUCAACGGGAGCCAGCAGCCUAAACGGCCGGGGAUAAUCAGUUACUUGAGCAAUCCGGAAGUGCCGAGAGACACGAUCGACAAUUUGGGUGGUCUCGACGAAGACGAGAUCUGGCUGGCUGAGAAUCACGUGCUGGUGCUGAGGGGAGGCAAGUUUCCUGGCCACGAGACGUCGCAAGGCAGCGUCGACAGCACGCAGCACACCUGGCCACCGAUCGACGAUUACAAAGCGCCGAGAAGACAGGUCAAGAUACCAUCGAAGCCGAAGGUACCGCCGCCCUUUCCAGUACAACUCACAGAGGGUGGCCCGAUACAGAUCAUCGGCACGAACGGCACCAAGGAGAUCGGCAACAGGACAGUCGUCGACUACAGAAAGGAUCCGUUGUUCAGCAAGGGGCAGCUAUCGGAGGAUGGGCCGCUUCUCGCCGUUAUAGCAGCCAACGGGACGAUUCUAACGCCGGAGAACUCGAGAAACGCUUUCCCGCCAUUUUACCACGCGAUUCCACCCGGCGCGGUGUUCGUACCACCGCCGAGCAAUCACUCGGAUUACGACGAGGAGGAUCAAUCCAUUUACUAUCCACCGCCGUACAGUUUCCAGUACCAACGAGACAACAAUACGACAGCGGUGCCGCCAGGUCCCCUCGUCCCAGGAAUCAUUCUCCCACCCCCGCCAGACUUCUUCUCCGCUCUCGAAGAGAAGAAGACGCCGCUCACGACGACGACGACGACGACGACAACGAAGAAGUACACGAAACGACCGGGAACGACUCCCGUGCCAAGACCCAGGCCUACCUAUCUACCGCCGAGGAAACUCAUCACGAAGCAACAAUACAAGAGUCCCAUCACCACUACGAAGCCAGACCUGUCCCAAGCCUCGAAACCCAGACCAUCGGCCAUUGUCAUUACGUCAGGCGUUACGAAAACAGCGUACAAAAAUUUGACGAGCAAAAGCCUCGCUGCUGCUACUGGCAAGCCAAGCGUGAGAACGAUUCCGUACGUAGAGGUUACGACGACAUCGUUGCCCGAUAAAUCGGCCACGCUCGAUAACGGGCCAGACCAUGUCUACAAAGUCGGCCAGUUAACGAAGAAUCAAGUGACCACACACAGAGAGAAGGAUGAAGCUUGGUCGGGUCUAGUGACCAGUAAAACGAUUCCGAUAGUGGCCACGUACUACGCCACGUCAACGCAGUCCACCUUGGAGAGGCCUGUGGAGGUGACGCCGGCCUCGAUAAAGAGUAUCAUUACUACCAGCAAUCCGGAACGAUCGCCCAGCCAGGCUUCGUACUACUUUUACGAGGAAUCCGACGAGCCUCCCCUUCGCACGACUCCGUCGAGUCCGUCGUCGAUUUACGAUUACAAAACUACCACGGAGUCGCCUUUCUACGAGACAGUGGCAGAACCGCGGACGCCAGGGGAGAAGAGGAAACAGUAUUACAGCGUGGAGACAGUCCCGUCGCGGGAUACGUCGAAGGACUACAGUAUUAAGUUUAUCGGCUCGCCGGUGAAAAACUCCGGGCCCGUUCGUUACAGCGACUCGACGGUCACGCAAAGUUCGUCCAAGUACGAGAGCGGGGACUCGGCGAGAACUCAGGGUCAACAUAUGUUACCCGAUCACGCGCCUCUUUACUAUCAGGCCAUAUCUGUUCGUCCGGUGGUGCCGGUGCAGUCCUAUUACACCACCUCGAAGCCGCAGCCCCCCACCUAUUACCGGCAAGAGGCGAAAUCGAAGCCGAUCUACCAGUACAGCUUCGAGGCGACGGAAUACUCGAAGCAACAGCGAGCCAACAGCGAGUUCAACGAGUAUCAGAACGUCAGAGACGACGAGAGGUACGGUAAUCAUCGAUACGAUUACGAGAACGAAUCUCGUGUGCCUCAGAAGAGGGUCAGACCGCAACAACCGUACAAGAGUCAGCAACCGACGAUCUAUCCUUCGACGACAGCGCAUCCGGCGGUAAGCACGACCGACAAUCCUCAGCACGCUUACUACACGCAACAGGACGAGAAGUUCCUGGACGACGUGACGAAGGAAUAUUUCACCAUCUUCGGUAAGAAGAUACCGCACAAGGGUAUUAUACCGAGCACGACUCCUAUAUACUCCAAGUCGAACAGCAUCACCGAAAGGCCGGAUGAUUACAACGUGAACACGUACGUGCAGAGUUACAACACUCGAGAGCCACCUGUGUACAAAACGCCUAACGUCAAGGUGCACUACGGCGACCAAUCUCAGAGGCCGUACUCCCUCAAAGACGACAUCCUUGUCAACUACAGACAGCCUCUACCUCCCAUCAAUCCCGACAGCGAGUUCAUCACGGUGGUCGAUCCGAACCAGCAACAGCCACCCGACUACAGGAUACCCAACGACAGGCAGGACCAACCAUCCCUGGCACCGAUCCGCGCCUAUCCAUCCCAGCCAUUGGUGAAUCCACGGAACGGCCCACCCACGAACUACGUGCCGGUCGUAGAGUCUGCGGAAGAAUUGGACGACGCGUACCCUCAACUACCGAUAUCGCUGGAAGAUGACAUCAGAGUGAACUACCGCGACCCACGGCCUACCAUCAACCCGGACGCGGAAUUCAUCGAUCCACCAAUCCCGGUGCACGAGAACCGAAAUCCGGAGAAGCCGAAGGCCUAUUUCGCGUACAGGCUGCCAGGCGACGGCGGCCACUUUUACUUCCUAACGCCACAAGCGAUCGCGCAGAGAUCCCCAGAACAAACCGGCGGCCACCUAUUCCCGAGAUCCAGAGGCGCCAGACAACUGCUGAGACGUCGACGGAGGCCAGGCAACGUGUGA